AUGCCUCAUCUUGCGCACCAGACACUCAAGUCCAGCCCAGAUGAAAAUGGCAACUGCCACAGACUUUACAUUGAACCUUCCAGUGACAAAUGCAAUAAGCAUUUGACGACAUAUAAAACCAAAUUAUUUUCCUAUGCUAAAAACAAGUUUUCCGAUCCUCGCCACGAACAAAUCUGCAUUGCCAAAUUUCCAGCCACUGGCCAUGGAACUAAACAGUGGGCCACAUUAGAGGUCAGAAAAUCCCAGCUGGUCAGAAAAACAUCCAAGAUGUUCACACAAACUUUUUUCAACAACAGCAGUCAAUUAGUGUUUACUUGUCCACAGCAUGCCAGCUUGGACGCUGUAGCGAUAGGUUCUAGGAAAAGAUGCAGAGGCGAAUAUGUUGUCUUCGAGGACAAGAUGGCAAGCUUUGAACAUUUCCUAGAUAACUCUGGUAGAAUAACUGAGUCAUCUUCGACAUCCAAAUCAAGGCAUCGCAAUAAAACCAUUGGCUCCAAGGCGAAAUCAACAAGGCAGGAAACAUCUUGCCAGCUGCUGAAAUCCGAUAAGUACCACGGCAGUCUUGAGAUGACAACACACACCCAGCCAUACAUCGUCACCCCUUCUGCUCCUCCUUACGAGGAAGAGCCGUUGCCAAGUUACGAACAGCUGUUCGGAACUUCUGUACAUCAAACAGUGAUAAACAAUAAUAACAACAACAGCCACUACUACAACAUGAACAGUUUACCUCAUCAUGAAGAUUGGUCAAGCUGUCGUCCACCUGCUUACUCAGAGUAUGAUCCUGGCGUCCAUCAUGAUCGCCAGUGUUCUCAACCUGUUCACACAAACUCCUGGGAUUGUGACCACGGGGACAAUGGCCCACAUGCCUUGCUGACAGCAUUCAUCCACUUCGACUUUUGCCAAGCCAACGGGCAGAGAAUCGUGUGUAACCUCAAGGGUAUGUGUGAGGGGGGCAACAGGUACACCCUGACGACACCCACCAUGCAUUCUCUGACCGGGGAGUUUGGAAAGAGAGACCAAGGCCAGGCUGGCAUGAUGGAAGUCAUUGCCAAUCACGUGUGCUGCAGCUGGUGUCGGCAUCUGCCCAGCAUGCACUACGUUUUCGAGCAAGCCCAAGUUAACGCUACAUUAAGUCUGACAUGA